CAAACCCGACACAGUCCGUUCCCCUCAGCCAACGUGGAAACUCCAGCGGUCGGAAUAAAGCCCGACUUGUCCGUUCAGCAGCAUUCAUCAAACUUUGUGGAUCUGGCAUCCCGCGCCUUUCUGGCUUGUCUUGAUAGCGUCAAAAAGUCGAAGAACAGAGAAAUCGCAAGAAGUCCAACCAAGCUCCAUUUGAAACAGCCCUGUGGGUCUGCUUCGUUAUCGGGGCUAUCGCUUGUGUCGCCUGUCGUCAUCGACGCAACGCCCUGGCAGGGGAUAGCGCCAACGAUUGCCUCCUUCCUUUGGGCAGGAGACCACAUCUUCUAUCUGAUAUCAUAAUUUUUUACCUUGUUCCUUUUCCAGGUCCACUGCAGGGACUCCCACAAUGACUUGGGAGUUGAACCGCCGCCAGUGGCUUCGCUCACUCAACAGCAGAUUCAUCUAUGGACGGAUUCCGCUGUUGCAUGCAAUCGUCCUCUUCAUCGAGAUGGCCCUCUUAGCGCGGCUGACCGGCCGCUUCAACGCGUAUUACGAUGAACGACCUCUCCUCACAAUGAUGGUAACCAAUUCGAUACUGGGAGGGAUCGCCGACACGGUCGCGCAAACCAUUACCUCGGUCCGGCAGCGCGCUCUGCGGAAGCACCCCAACGGCCAGCUCAGCCCGCGCGAAGACGCUCUUGCGAUCGAGAUCCACGAGCUCGACCGCAAGAACCCGUUCAACAACCGGGACCUGAUCCCCGAGUCCAAGCUCUUGCCGCCGCCCUUCGACUUUGAACGGCUGACACGCUUCAUGGCCUACGGAUUUUGCAUGGCGCCCGUGCAGUUCCGAUGGUUCAAGUUCCUCGAAAAGUGCUUCCCAAUAUCCAAGACGAGCGCCUUCGCGCCGGCCAUGAAGCGUGUGGCCUUCGACCAGCUCAUCUUUGCCCCAUUCGGUGUAGCAGCCUUCUUCACCGUCAUGACGGUCGCGGAAGGAGGUGGCCGCCGCGCCGUGUCCCAGAAGCUGCGCGACAUGUAUGUGCCGACGCUCAAGGCAAACUAUAUGCUCUGGCCCGCCGUACAGGUCAUCAACUUCCGGUUGAUGCCGGUGCAAUUCCAGCUGCCCUUCGUGUCCACCGUCGGGAUUGCAUGGACAGCAUAUCUGUCACUUACUAAUGCCGCAGAGGACAUUGAGCAGAAUCGUGUUUCCAGUACGGCAGAUAUCCGGCUGCCGUAAGGGAGUGGCCGGUUGUACUUAUAUGGCGAUACCACUGAACAAGUGUGUGAGGGUAAAACAGGGUGCCAGAACCUCACGCAGACCUGCAUGGAGACCUCCAUGUCCGUGAGACAAGGUGUUCGCUUUCUUGGAUUUAGAAAUUGGUUGGGUAUGCAUUGGAAUUGUAACGGACAGCGGAAUCUCUGAUUAUCAACUUACGGAUGGAGUUGGUGGACUUUGCGGGUUUUUAAAUCAUUUGGAGGACCCGAUUGACACGAAAGAACACGAACAUUGUUGCACUCUCAGCAGGUCUAAGAUAGCUUGCCCUAAUUCUAGUAACUUCCACCAUCAUCCUGUAACGAUAUGCACCUAUACGGCGACGGGCAGUGAAAGCUCAAAGAGUUCUCUGCGAAGCUGGGAUUGCAAGCAUGGGUCGAUAUCGGGGCUUU